UGUUUUCCUUGUACAGGUGUGGAACAGCUGUCUGCAACCAGUUUAUUGGGGACAUUUAACCUCAAAUAUCUCAGUUAUUAACACUGAAUUGUGAUCUAACAGUUGAUAUUAGACCUGUUAAGGUUUCUUCAGAAGAACUAAGAAAGAUGAAGCUCACCACUCUGUUUAUGAACAUGUGUCUCUGUCUGCUGUCUGGAAUAAUUCUUGGACAUGAAAACGGUCCAGCUGUGGUCAGAGUGGUUGUGGAAGAAGACAGUGAUGUUAUUCUACCCUGUUCUCUCAGCUCAAAGGAGAACAUUGUAUAUAAGCUCUUUGACUGGAAGAAAGAUGGUCAGAGGAGGAAGGAGGUGUUCGUGUAUGAUGCAGGUGAUCCUUCCAAUUACGGCUGUCCAGGUCAAGAUGAGCAGUUCAAACAUCGAGUCUCACAUUUUUCUGAUCAACUGAAGAACGGCAACGCCUCCAUAAAGAUCAGAAAUACAACGAUAGCUGACAGUGGAAAUUACACCUGUGAUUUUCCAAAGAUUCAACCAAAACAAACCUUCUACAUUGAGCUUGUUGUUGAUCCUGUCCUUAAAGACAGAUCAGGAGAAAUCGCAGGAGCAGCUCCAAAGCCGUAUACCAGGACACUUAAUGCCACAGAGUACAUGGCACAGCUGCAGUGUGAGGUUCAACGUGCUUCUCCUAAACCUAAAAUAAAGUGGGUGGACAGUGCCGGAAACAUCCUUCCUGCUAAGGAGACAAUUCUCUCAUACAGAGGAGGAUGUUACUACAUUACCCUCCUCACCACUGUGACCAAGACCGACCGCUACCGUUGUGUAGUCACACAGGAGGAAAUUGAUCAUCAGACUCAUUCUGAGACCUACGUGUAUGUCAGUGAGAAACUGUUGGAGGUGCUCAUGGGAUCAUUGUUUGGUGGAUGGGUUUUGGGAGUUUUAACUCUUUCUGCAGUUCUGGCUUUGCUUGUGGCCACAAAGCGCAUCAUAAUACGUCGUAAUGAAGGUUCUAAUAACGGUUCUGCAAUGACGCCACUUAAUCUACAACCUGUUCUGUGUUAAUUUUCCCUUUUCCCAUUCAUUUUGGCUCAUUGACAACGAUCCUCAGGGCUGAUUAGAAGCUGAUUCACUGCUGUUGCACAGGGUGUGGGGACUGACUCCUCAACACUGACUGAGAGCAUCUUGGUGAU